AUGACCCAAGCGAAAGAUGAUAUUAAGACACAUGAUGUUGAUUUAAAAAUUGGAAUCAUAGGUGGGGUAUUAAAGCAAAUCAGAAGACUGAAUGAUACUGAUCCAGAUGUUCCAGAGUUAAUGAAAGUAUGGAGCUGCGAUAUUAAACCCAAACAAACUAAAGAUUUAUUAGCGAUAUUGAGAGAGUUCAAUGAGGAAGAGCAGGAACUCAAACAUUUAAAACGAUUUACAAAAAUUAAUGAUGAUACGAUCAGAGGUAUCAUAUGCUUACAAAAUCGGAAUGACCAAAAUGAAACAAUUCUAAAGCAUGUUAGAGACUUAAAACCUGAACGUAUCGAAAUCAUUGAAGUUCCAAAGUAUCCGGCUUUUUCUAAAGAAGCUUCCCUCAGAUGGUCGUCAAUUUGGCCAAUGUUAUGGAAAGGAAAUCCGAACCAUCAAUUUUUAAAUGAAGUCAAGUAUGACAUGAGUCAAGAGAAAAAAAUGCUUUCUGAGUUGUUGAAGCAAUUGGUGAACAAUGAGUCUAGGCAAGUACUGGCCACAAUCAUGGCAAGAUCAAUCAAUAAUGAGCUUGUAAUUCAAGCUUCAGCUACAUCAGGAUUGCACUCUAGUCCUCUGGAACAUAGUAUUAUGAAAGUUAUCGAAUCAAUAGCAGAGAGUGAGAUUUCAAGUAGACGUGCAAAAGUUCAAUCAAAAGCACAGAAUGGUUAUUUGUGUACAGGUAUGAUAGUAUACACAACUCAUGAACCUUGUGUCAUGUGUAGUAUGGCUUUGAUUCAUUCUAGAAUUGAAAGACUAACAUACUUAAAGCCCAUUAAGAAAAGUGGAGGGAUAGAGUCUUCUUAUUACCUUGGUGAUAUGGAUGGUUUGAAUUGGAAAUUUCCGAUAUGGAGAUGGCUAGGAGAGAGUGAGUUGAAGGUUUUAGAUGAAAUUGACGACAAUAUUGAAAGUAUAGACUACUGA